UCAGCUGACUUACUGUCAAACACCUAUCACUAUCAAACCCUAAAAAAACUUCCUUUUUAGAUAAUGACAGCACAUACAAACUCCAAUGACAAGUCAGAAAAGUUUUCAGAUUUCUCCAACUGAAAGGGAUUCAGAAAAUUAUAGCGAAGAAGAAGAAAUUCGCACAAGAGCAAUCUCAGAAAAGUUGAAAAAAGUUCAAGAAAUGACAGACAUUACCGGAGAAAGGUUAACACCUGAUAAUGAUGAGAAUCCAGUUAGUUAUCAGAAACAAGAAAGUAAUGAAAAUCAAAGUAUCAAUUCUCCGCCAGAAAAUAAUGAAAAUAUUGGACAGUCUCGACACGGUCCAAAUCCAUCAAAACCUCUAUUACGAUCUCCCUCAACGCCUUAUCUGGAGGAUAAACUCAGAAGAGAGCUGAAGUUCUUUUUUAUGGGACCACAUGAAAAAAUAGUAGCCAGGAAAAAAUGUCCAUGGAAGCUUACAUUACAGAUACUGAAAGUUAUUAUUGUAACAGUACAGCUUGUUAUGUUUGGUAGAGAGAGGUCAUUAUUUGUUGAGUAUGUUGAGAAGAAUAAUAUAGCAUUAAAACAUCUGUAUCUGAAGGACUGGGAAAACUCUUAUGAAACAAUGCCUUACCCUCCUGCUAUUGGACAGUAUGCUAUAUAUGACUUUGAUGAACUGUAUCAACAUAUCAACUUUGCAAUGAAACAGUAUAAUCAGACAGAAGACACAGCUCUUGCUGUUUUCCAGUUGGUACGUGAGAAUGGAUCUGUGAGAGCCAUGGAACUGUGCAGUGAACAUUACAAUGGUGGCAUGCUUUAUCCAAAUGGAACAUUCAGCUUUUACUCAGAGAAAAAUCAAGAUUGUGUCUCUGUGUAUCCAGUACAAGAAUUAAAUAAAACAACAGGGAAGACACAGCAUAGAUAUGAUAUCAAGGAAUAUCUAACUCAAAACAACAAAACUAAUCUAUUCCACAGGAUUAUCAAGUUGACCCUGAAAUUCAAGAUAAAAUCCUACAGACUGAAUGCAGAAGGAAGAAAAGUAGCACCUGAAUGUUUUAUAGUCCAUGGACAGAUAGUAUUUGAUGACUCCAAUAGAGAUGGUCAGAUGUUAUUGGAUUUAGACACAGAAUUAGAAGAGAGAACAUGUCAUGGACAUUAUAAUUAUGGAGAAGAAGAAAAGCAGGAGAGACUGACGAAUACACUGUAUGAUAUCUUUGUUAUAUUUGUCAGUGUUCUCUCUGCAGUUCUGUGUUUGAGGUCUCUAUACAGAGGACACAGACUUAAACAGAAGACAAUAGACCACUUCAAAAAAGUUUAUCGUAAAGACUUAUCACGGUCAGAUAAAUUUGAGUUUUUAAACCUAUGGUACGUUGCCAUUGUCCUCAAUGAUAUCUUCACCAUUGUCGGAAGUUCAUUCAAGAUACAGAUUGAAAAUAAGAAUGCACAGAGUACCUCAGAGAAUUAUGAUAACUGUAGCUUGUUUCUGGGAACUGGUAGUAUACUGGUAUGGUUAGGAGUCCUUAGAUAUCUGGGAUUCUUCAAAACAUUCAAUAUUCUCAGUAUUGUUUUAAAGAAAGCAUUUCCAAAUAUGAUGAGAUUUUUGGUUGGAGCUCUGAUGUUGUAUGUAGGUUUCAUGUUUUGUGGAUGGGUUGUACUUGGACCAUACCAUAUAAAGUUCCGUCAUCUGAGUACAUCCUCCGAGUGUUUAUAUUCAUUAAUCAAUGGAGAUGAUAUGUUUGUGACUUUUUCGGCCACAAUGACAAAGAACAUGGUGGUGUGGUAUUUCAGUCGGAUCUACCUGUAUAUAUUUAUCUCACUCUUUAUUUAUUGUGUUUUGAAUUUGUUUAUUGCUGUUAUUCUGGAUACAUAUGAAACUAUAAAGGAGUAUUAUGAGUGUGGCUUUCCUAAGAGUGAUCUCUCAGAGUUUAUAUGUAAAUGUAAUGAUCCCCCAACAUCAGCUUUAUACAGGGGAGAAGAUACCGGGUGUGGUCUGUGGUCAUGUUUAUGUUGUUGUAAAAGAAAUGCGGAUCAACCAGGAGAAUAUACCAGUUUGUUAUAGAAUCCAUCUGCUGUAGUCAUGUUUACUAGAAAUUAUAUUUGUGGAUUAAGGAAAGUGCUAGUGAAUUACAAUGAUAAUUAUGACUCAAUUAUUAGAAAGUGAUUUAAAGAAAGUGCCAGUGAAUUACAAUGAUCAUGACUUUACUAGAAAUUUGUGGAUUAAAGAAAGUGCCAGUGAACAAGCCAUUAUGUGUCUCAGUUACUGAAUCUGAUGUUAUAUACAUGAGUUAUACAUUUAUACAACAGUUCAGUUUUAAUCUUUUAUUCAAAAUUUACAUUAUUGACUAAUACUCAUUUCACAUUCCAACAAAAAGAUCAUUCCUUAUAAUAGUCAUUUUAUUUAUUUCAGACAUAUUUUUAGAGUAAAUACAGUCUAUAAAUUUUUAUUUGCAUUUAGUUAAUUUUAAAAUAAUGUACCUUUUUGGGUAUCAAUUUGGGGUGAUUAAGGAAAAAUUGCAUUUUUGCAAAUAAAUUUGAUUCAUCUUUACUCUCCAUUGAUAUCAAAAUGUAAUGGUUCAAUACAGAAUACUCACAUUAUUCUUAACAUCUUAUUAUAUAAUAAUAAUAAUAAUAAUAAAUUCUUUAUUUAAAGAGGGUAAACACAGUUAGUUACAAUCACUAAUCUUCCCUGAGGCCCUCAUAUACAUGUAUGUAAUACAAGUAAAAACAAAAUGAUAAUAAUAAGAGAAAAAAGCAAACAUACAACAUAUAAACACAAUUGUAUAGACAUAAUAGUUCAAUGUACAUGUACCAUGAUUAAAAGAUAUGAAACAGUUACAUAUCGCAUGUAGUAAAUAGACCUAGUAUAUAUAUACAAAUCAUUAAAAUCAUACAUUCUAAGAGUAAUAGUUGCAAUCAUUUCAGACUGAAUAUUGGGACUGUCUCAAGUAUUGUUUUAUAAUUUGUUUAAAAGAAUAAGUGUUUUGCACUUUACGCAUUUCAUAAGGUAGUCCGUUCCAUAAAACUGAUCCAGAAUAAGCAAAGGAUUUUUUAAACAGUUCAGUUUUUGGCUUUGGAACUAUCAAAUUACCUUGAGUAACACCCCUUAAAGCAUAAGGAUUAUUUACAGAUAUAAGUUGAAACUUUUGAAUUAGGUACUGUGGUGCUUCUUUCCGCAUACAAUUAAAUAGCAAUAAAUAUUUGUGGUAUUUGAUUCUGUUUUCUACUGUCAUCCAACCAAGUACCCUCUUGUCAUGCAUGAAGGCAGGAAUAAAUAAAAUUUACUGGUUCAGAUUUGGUUUUUAUACGACCGCAAAUUUUGAAAAAAAUUUCAUCGUAUUUUGC